GUCCGAUAUAGGCAUGUUGGCACUGGACAGUAACCCAUCAUAUAACCACCAUUGUGGACUUUUUUGGAAUCAAAUCAGUUGCUGCUUCCCCCAUUAUGGACGCCGUUUCGAAGAAGGAAGUAAAGGCUCUCCGGCUAGCUAACAAUGUCUGGAGUGACAAGUACUUUGCCAUUGCCAUCGGGGCGAUGAUGGUGCUUGCUAUUGUCUGUCACUGGGCAACGGUUUUCUACUUCCGUGGCAGAUGCAGAGAUAUUCGCGUGGGCAGACUGUAUCAGUAAGAGGAACAUCAUGAUCUCAGCGAGCAAAUGGUUAAUCUGAUGCAGUAAGAUUUGCUGUCGCUUGUCGGCCCCAAUUCCACUUGUCCGGGUUGCAUCGGGCAGGGCUUUGCUGUAUACCAUAUACUGGAGCAUCAACCUGAUCCUGGCUUUGACCAAUGUCGAGUUGGAGAAUCCUUCAUAUGUCGGUGCUUAACCCUAACCUUGACUUGAUGGAGACAAAUGCUGACUGCCAUGGCCGCUGGAUAGGUUGCGAAACGGUUUGGCUGGUAUGCCAUUCUGCCC